GGUUACACAUAUAGCUAUAAAAGAAGAAAACAAAUUAGGGAUCUUUUGGGGGAAAAAAUGGGAAGAGGAAGAGUAGAGCUCAAGAGGAUAGAGAACAAAAUCAACAGACAAGUGACGUUUGCUAAACGUAGGAAUGGUUUGUUGAAAAAAGCUUAUGAGCUUUCUGUUCUCUGCGAUGCUGAGGUCUCUCUCAUCGUCUUCUCCAACCGUGGCAAGCUCUACGAGUUCUGCAGCACCUCCAACAUGCUCAAGACACUGGAAAGGUAUCAGAAGUGUAGCUAUGGCUCCAUUGAAGUCAACAACAAACCUGCUAAAGAACUUGAGAACAGCUACAGAGAGUAUUUGAAGCUGAAAGGUAGAUAUGAAAAUCUGCAACGUCAGCAGAGAAAUCUUCUUGGAGAGGACCUUGGACCUCUGAAUUCAAAGGAGCUAGAGCAGCUUGAGCGUCAACUAGACGGCUCUCUGAAGCAAGUUCGCUGCAUCAAGACACAGUAUAUGCUUGACCAGCUCUCUGAUCUUCAAGGUAAGGAGCAUAUCUUGCUUGAAGCCAACAGAGCUUUGUCAAUGAAGCUGGAAGAUAUGAUCGGCGUGAGACAUCACCAUAUAGGAGGAGCAUGGGAAGGUGGUGAUCAACAUAAUGUUGCCUAUGGACAUCCUCAAGCUCAUUCUCAGGGACUAUACCAAUCUCUUGAAUGUGAUCCCACUUUGCAAAUUGGAUAUAGCCAUCCAGUGUGCUCAGAGCAAAUGGCUGUAACGACGCAAGGUCAUCCCCAACCAGGGAACGGCUACAUCCCUGGCUGGAUGCUGUGAGCGAUACUUCUUCCCCCAAUAAAGAUCUUAAGCAAGUACUGUGGUGGGGUCUUGGGUGGUGUGAUCUUAGAUCUUAUGCAUAUGAAUAAUAAUGAAUUUGCACAAGACUUUUGUUUUGUUGACACAAGUGGCUAUAGCUGUUAUAGCUUUCAACAUCUCUCUUCUGUUUCAGGAUUUGUUUGUGCCUAUUGUAAUUGCUUAUAUAUUUAUGGUUUGUAAUGUGUGAAAUGUUAACAUUACCCAUGUCUCAUCUGGUUAAGUACUUAUCCUGUCUUUGUAUAAUUA